AUGCUCGAGCCUCACGUACGUGACGAAACAUCGGAUAUUUUAUCUGGUAUGCAGAGGUGUAAAACCCUUGCGAGGGUUAUCAAGUCGCGGCGGACACCUUUAUGGCCGUCACCUUUAGCAUCUGCUCUGCCCUCAAAGGAUGUAGCGGAUGAGCUUGUUGACUGCUACCUGAGGACAUCCGAAACUGUCUACCGUGUACUCCAUAUUCCAUCCUUUCAAAAGGACUACGAGGCACUCUGGAUGUCAGAUACAGCACCCGAUAUGGCAUUCAUGGUUCAGGUCAAGUUAGUGCUUACUAUCGGAGCUACCGUGUACGAUGAAAAUUUCUCCCUACGUGCGUCGGCCAUUCAAUGGGUCUAUGAGGCGCAGACGUGGUUUUCAGAGCCUGUCUGCAAGUCCAGGCGGAGCCUUCAAUUUCUGCAGAUCAAUAUCCUACUAUUGAUUGCUCGCGAACUGGUAAAUGUGGGCGGUGACACCAUCUGGACUGCAGCUGGGGCACUUCUGAGAACUGCGGUGUAUUGGGGGCUUCACAGAGAUCCAGCCUACUUAUCAAAUAGGACAAUCUUCGUUGGCGAGAUGCGCCGGAGGUUAUGGAAUACUAUACUCGAAAUGGCCCUGCAUUCGAGUAUGGCCUGUGGUGCGCCUGUGGGCAUAUCUCUGGACGAUUUUGACACCGCGCCUCCCGAUAAUUAUGAUGACGACCAGCUUGUGGCCGAUGCCCCGGUGCCAAAGCCAGAAGACACACAGACUCAGGUAUCCGUCGCGAUAGCUCUCCGUAAAACACUCCCUAUUCGCCUGGCAAUUGUGAAAUUUUUGAAUGAGCUUGGCUCUAAAAGUACAUAUGAAGAAACAUUGCGACUGGAUGCAGAGUUUAGAGUGGGAUACAGAGAUUUGUGUCGGGCCCUUCAGAGAUAUAAUGCGGGCACCGGGUUGAAAUCUCAAUUUACAACUCACAUGGUGGAUUGUCUUAUGCUGCGCUACCUUGUAACUCUCCAUAUUCCGUUCUAUGCCAUGGCACCGCAUGAAACGGCCUAUGCAUACUCUCGGAAGACAGUGGUUGAGACGUCCCUGAGAAUAUGGUGUGCAUUGAACCCAUCGUCAUCUAUCAUGGCGGCUCACACUCGUCACGAUACAGCUUCAACAGGUCGAAAUGAUUUUGACAGGCUUGCUAUCUGUGGCACGGGCUAUCUACGUGUGUUUGGCAUGCAGGCUAGCCUUGCCAUUGCAGCAGAAUUAAGCACUCAGUUGCAAGAAGAAGAGAGACUCGGCCCGGUAUUCUUACGAGCAGAUCUACUUUCGAUGGUACAGGAAUCCAAAGAGUGGCUCUUUCGUGCUAUCGAAGCUGGUGAGACAAAUAUCAAGGGUUACUUACUUAUUGAGUUAAUUGAGGCAAGGAUAGCAGGCCUUAGACAAGGCCUUGCGCGCGACCAACUUGUGAUGUUGUUGCUCAAAGCCGCUGCCGACGCAGAGGCAAGAUGCUUACGCAUCCUUGAAAAAAUGGCGGCUCAGGGCCAGACCGAAGGCUUUUCGAAUGGGCUUGGUCAAAUGGGUCUGGAGAUAACUCCCGACUCGAUGGAUGAUUGGGACCUCAUGAUGACAGAUGUUCUCCUGAAUCAGAGCACUGCGGAGCCAAUGAAUUGGGUGUACAAUGAGAUCCCGCUAGUGCCUUUGCUUCCCAGUUAA